UUGAGUCGGUGAGCGCUGCCCGAUUCACGAUUCCGCUGCUCUGUAGAGUCUAAAGCGGUAGUAUUGUAGUAGUAAAAAUUGUCAACUCAAGCGCUGCGGUUGACGACGACGACGCUGCUGCGCGGGGAAAAUGCGUACCCCCCAAACCGCCGCCGCUGGAAAGGGAAAGCAAAAGGGAAAGCACGCGCGGAUUACCAGAAGAAUUCUACGGGCCCAGAAGAAUCGUCGUCAGUUGGUGGUGGUCACGAGGAAGAGCAGAAGAAUCGUGCCCACUGUGGUGGGAUCAACUGGAACCUCGAUCGUGGGACGCAGCUUCACGACGUCUUGCAAACGGCUGAAAAUGGAGAAGACUCCCCGGUACACGCAGCGGGAGCGGAACAUGGUGUUGAGCUACGCGGCGCAAUACAAGGACGUGAUCGAGAACAAGCGGACGGACGCGGAGUCGAAUCGCAAGAAGGACGAGGUCUGGCUGCAGAUCGCCAAGGAGUUCAACUCGCGAGUGUAUCACCAGCGGAGCGCCAAGCAGCUGCGCCAGCUGUACAAGAACAUGAAGCUGCUGCUGAAGAAGGACCUCUGCGGCGAGGACAAGAGCAACCACUCGUUCAUGGACCUGCUCAACACGCUCUCGCAGCAGGAUUCCGUCGAGCAAUAUAUCGCCGAGCAGGGAGCGGGCGGCGGCAAGUCCUGCCUCGCGGGAAGCGGCGCCGGUGGCCAGGGGAACGGACACAAUGCGGACGACUACGAGGACUCCAAGUAUCAUUUUUUCUGCAACUUGCAGAUGCCGCUGUAUCCGGAGGGCAUGGACACGGAUGUGAUCCUGAUCAAGUCGGAGACGAUCAGCGACAACGAGCAGACGGACAAUGGGAUGGAUUGCCUGGACGACGAUGAUGACGACGACUGUUUGAGCCCGAAGGCGCCGGAAGUUUGCCUCGAGGAGGAGGACGAUGUGCUCUUUCCCACCGAUCUGCGACAGCUGGGAGGAUCCACUGGCGGAGUUGCCGCCUCUUCCGCCGGUGGUAAUGGUGCCUCCACCGCUGGUGGCAUCUCCUCCUCCUCCGCUCCUCAGCUCAGCGCAGCGGAUACCGUUCGCCGUGCCACCAGUUCGCCCGUUUGCUCCACCAAGACCUCGGUGAGCUCCAGCGGCAGCUAUGCCUCGAAUGCCCCCAAGCCGGACAUCACCAUUCAAACGGUGGGCCACAUACGCGUGGGCAGCUUUGCCAAUAUCAACAAGACGCUGCAGAAUGGAGGCUCCAAUUCUAUGGUAACAAAUGGCAAUGGAGGAGGAGCCCCCGCCAGUGGGGUGCUGCCUUUAACCGCGGAGCAAGUGCAACAGCAUACGCUGCUCAAUGGCCUCGGCCUGUCCGCCGUCAAUCCGCCACCGCAGUCGCUGCAGGCGGCCAUCAAUGCUGCCUUCGUGUCUGCCGCUCCUGCCGCUCGUCGCACGCCGCCCACCUUGCAGCUGCCACGCCUGCAAAGGGGCAAUAACAACAACCAGAGCAGCAGCAGCGCAACACCUGGCAAUGCAAGCACAGCAGCAGCCAAUGGAGUUCAGCUGCUGCUCAAUGGAGGUCAUCAUCAGCAGCAUCACCAGACGCAACAGCAGCAGACGCAUCAUCAUCAUCACAAUCAUCAUCAUCAGAAGCCGGGAAGCAACGUGGCCAUUGGAGCAGCGGGCAGCUUUAAUGGCUACAAUGGACUGGCCCUAAACAGCAGUUCGGGAUCGGGAAGCAGUGCGAAUAGCAGCGGAGUGGGACAAGGAGGAGCAGCCAGUCCCACCAAGCACCAGGAGCUGAUGAACUCGCUGAGGAUCGAGGAGAGCAAGCGCAAAAUCGAGCUGAUCAAUGCACAAAUCGAAUAUUGGCAGACGCUCACGAGGAAGCUGAACACGCAGUCGGGGCACAUGCCCAAUCCCUCGUGUCCCUGCCACUUUCCCGGGGUCUCCAGUGUGCUCUCGCCUGGAGCAGUGGCAGCAGCAUCCUCCAACUCCACUUCUGCCACCUCCGCCAGCUUGCUGCAAACGCAGGCCAGCAGCAGCUAGUCCGAAAGGCCUGGCUCCUCCUCUUUGGACAGCGACAUCAUCUCAAUAGUGGACAUAGACGAUGAGGAGGAGGAGGAGGAGCAGGGGGAGCAGGAGGAGGAGUCCUCGGAAGACGAGGACUUGACAGAUGAAGAAUCACAGGAUGCCUUGGUCAAGGAUGUGGGCGUGGUGGGCGGAUUAUUGUCGCCGCAAUCGCCUCACUCUCCUCCGCCGCCGCCAGCGAAGCGCUCGAAGCGCCAGGAAGAAGCCACCUCCGAGCUCCUCAGGCAGCUGGCCCUGCAGCAGAAUCAGAAUUCAGAAACGGAGCUUCAGGAGGAUCUAUAGGAGGAGCUUCAGGGGGAUCUUUAGAAGGAAUCUUCAGGAGAAAUCUUCAGGAAGAAUCUUCAGGAGGAAUCUUUAGGAGGAAUCUUUAGGAGGAAUCUUCAGGAGGAAUCUUCAGGAAGAAUCUUCAAGAGGAAUCUUUAAGAGAAAUCUUCAAGAGGAAUCUUUAGGAGAAAUCUUCAGGAGGAAUCUUCAGGAGGAAUCUUCAAGAGGAAUCUUCAAGAGGAAUCUUCAGGAGAAAUCUUCAGGAGAAAUCUUCAGAAGAAAUCUUCAGGAGGAAUCUGCAGGAGGAAUCUUCAAGAGGAAUCUUCAGGAGGAAUAUUUAAGAGGAAUCUUCAGGAGAAAUCUUCAGGAAGAAUCUUCAGGAGGAUCCCCAGGAAGAUCCCCAGGAGCAUUGCUAGUAUUUCGUAUUUCGUCUAGUUUGCAUGCCACUUUUCAACUACUUUAGUAGUACACUUACCACAUAUAUUUACCAUAUUUAUUUAAAGCCUAGUUUGAGUGCCAAAAACAAAGAUAGAAGAAGAUAUAGGAGCCUUGCCAUCGAGAGAAUGCUUGCCAAAGGAUCGAACCUUGCUUAAACCAAAACUUAAAGAUAAUCUUUAAUUUUAAACUUAAUUAUUUUAAAUCGUUUUUUUCGACCCACCUUUUUUUUCGUUUUUUUUUCCCCCCUCCCCUCGUAAUUAGAGUGUUUUAUUGUUAAGUUUGUUCUAAUGAGAAAGAGAGCUGCAAACCAAAAAGAAAAGGAGGAAACUAUCUUGACUUUGUACAUUUACCUUAAAAAAUCUUAGAUCUAACUUACUUAAUUAGAGCCGAGCAGCUAAAAAAAAGAACACAAAGAACGAAAACGAAAACUGUACAAAUGUGGUUCCUAAUCUAGUCCCUAAAAACAAAAAAGGAGUGAAGAAAAGCUUAAAUGUUAAAUGCCUAGCCGUGAACUUGUGUAUUAUUUUUAUAUAUUUGUAUGUCAGCCCAGAAGAAGAAAGUUCCCAAAAAAAAAGAAAACCAUCCAAAGAACUUUAGCUAAUUUAUGUACUUAAAAAGCCCGCGAAACCAAAACAAAGUCUGUACAGAGAUAGAAAGAGACAGGCGACCCAAAAAGAGAGAGAAAGAUGGAGAAACUUGCUAGUCGUUGCUGCAUAACUGUAUUUUAGUGUAUUUCUUAGUUAUUGCUAAUUGUACGUGUAAGAUACAUAUAAUAAUUGCUUGCCCAGUAACCACAAUUUAUACAAAGUAGCACAGGCAAAAAGAAGAAGAAGAAAACAAAAAACUCUUUAUACAUUUUUGUAAACAAAAAACUUAUUAAUAAAAA